GGUAUAUAUCCGUCAGGCUCCAAUCCCACCUUCUCGCCAGUGGAAUUUCAUCUCAGCUUCUGCACCUUCAGGGCAGACGAGAACAUAAAAUAAGCAAAAGCUGGCAGGCUGACGGGAACUCACACGUUUACAGGACGGAUUAUCUGGUAACUGACCAUUUAGCUGUGGCACACUCGGACUCCGUGUUAACGUGGGAUUUUGACCAUGAGCUCAGUCGCUGUACUUACGCAGGAAAGCUUCAACGAGCACCGUAACGGGCUCUUGCCAGAGCAGAGUGGUGCUGCUGGAGCAGGACCCGCUGCUGGAGAGGAAGAAGAUGCCCUUCCUACUUACAAGGACGCUUUCCCACCUCUGCCUGAGAAGGCUGCCUCACCUGAGGGGACCCAGGAAACCACCAAUGCCUGGGCUUCAAAGAUCCGUCCUCUCAAGUCUUCAGUUAUCACCCAGGUUUUCCAUGUGCCGCUAGAGGAGCGCAAGUACAAGGACCUCAACCAGUUUGGGGAAGGAGACCAAGCGAAGGUCUGUGUGGACAUCAUGCAUAAGACUGGAGCCCACCUGGAACUCUCCUUGGCAAAAGAUCAGGGUCUUUCCAUCAUGGUUUCUGGAAAGCUAGAUGCCGUGAUGAAGGCCCGUAAGGAGAUUGUGUCCCGACUGCAGACUCAGGCCUCAGCUACUGUCGCUAUCCCCAAGGAACACCAUCGUUUUGUCAUCGGCAAAAAUGGGGAGAAGCUUCAGGAGCUUGAGCUCAAGACCGCCACCAAAAUUCAGAUCCCACGACCUGACGACCCCAGCAACCAGAUCAAGAUCUCUGGUACCAAGGAGGGCCUGGAGAAGGCAAAGCAUGAGAUCCUGCUGAUCUCAGCUGAGCAGGACAAGCGUGCUGUGGAGAGGGUGAAUAUUGACAAGGUGUACCACCCGUUCAUCACCGGUGCCUACAAUAAGCUCGUAGGAGAGAUGAUGCAGGAGACCGGUGCCCGCAUUAAUGUCCCCCCUCCAAGUGUGAACAAAACGGAGAUUGUCAUCACUGGGGAAAAGGAACAGGUGGCCCUUGCUGUGGCUAUGAUCAAGAAGAUUUCUGAAGACAAGAAGAAGAAUGCCACCACCAUUGCCGUGGAGGUGAAGAAGUCUCAGCACAAAUAUGUGAUUGGCCCCAAGGGAAACACCCUGCAGGAGAUUCUGGAUAGAACUGGCGUCUCAGUUGAGAUCCCACCGUCUGACAGCAGCUCAGAAACUGUCAUCCUUCGUGGGGAACCGGACCGUCUCGGUCAGGCCCUCACUGAGGUUUACGCCAAGGCAAACAGCUACACUGUUUCCUCGGUCUCAGCUCCGUCUUGGCUUCAUCGUUUCAUUAUUGGCAAGAAGGGGCAAAACUUGGCCAAGAUUACCCAACAAAUGCCCAAGGUGCACAUUGAGUUCACUGAGGGAGAAGAUAAAAUCACCCUGGAGGGUCCCACCAAAGAUGUACAGAUGGUGCAGAGCCAGAUUGAAGCCAUUGUUACAGAUUUGGUGAGCCGGAUGGACUAUGCAGAAAUAAGUGUGGAUCCCAAAUUCCACAGACACCUGAUUGGCAAAGGAGGUGUUAACAUCAACCGCAUCAAAGAGCUGCACAAAGUGACUGUCCGCAUCCCACCCGACAAUGAGAAAAGUAACCUGAUUCGCAUUGAGGGGGAUCCCCAGGGUGUCCAGGAAGCCAAGAAGGAGCUGCUUGAGCUUGCGUCACGCAUGGAGAACGAGCGUACAAAGGACCUGAUCAUUGAACAGCGUUUUCACAGAGCCAUUAUCGGCCAAAAAGGGGAGAAAAUAAAAGAAGUGCGCGACAAAUUCCCAGAGGUCAUCAUCAACUUCCCUGACCCAGCCCAAAAAAGUGACAUUGUUCAACUUAGGGGCCCAAGAACUGAGGUGGAAAAAUGCUCAAAGUUUAUGCAGAAGAUAGUGGCUGAAAUGGUGGAGAACAGCUUUUCUGUCUCAGUCCCCAUCUUCAAGCAGUUUCACAGAAACAUAAUUGGAAAAGGAGGCUCAAACAUCAAAAAGAUUCGAGAGGAAACAAACACUAAAAUUGACCUGCCUGCGGAGAACAGCAACUCGGAGAUGAUUGUCAUUACUGGGAAGAAGGCAAACUGUGAAGCUGCUCGAAAUCGCAUCUUGGCCAUUCAGAAGGAGCUGGCAAACAUCACAGAGAUCGAGGUAUCCAUUCCCUCCAAGUUGCACAACUCACUGAUUGGGUCCAAGGGCCGCUUGGUCCGCUCGAUCAUGGAGGAGUGCGGCGGUGUGCACAUCCACUUUCCUACUGAAGGCUCAGGGAUUGAUAAGGUCACCAUCCGAGGCCCUGCAGAGGAGGUGGAGAAGGCCAAGCAACAACUGCUCGCCUUGGCAGAGGAGAAGCAAACGAAGAGUCACACUGCCGAGCUGCGUGCAAAGCCAGAAUACCACAAGUUCCUCAUUGGAAAAGGUGGCGGAAACAUCCGCAAGGUUCGUGACAGCACUGGGGCCAGGAUAAUCUUCCCCACUGCAGAGGACAAAGACCAGGAACUAAUCACUGUGGUUGGCACUGAAGAAGCUGUGCGGGAGGCCCAGAAGGAGCUGGAGGAGCUCAUCAAGAGUUUGGACAAUGUUGUUGAGGACACGAUGAGUGUCGAUCCAAAGCAUCAUCGCUACUUUGUGGCUCGCCGUGGUCAAGUCCUUAGGGACCUUGCUGAUGAGUACGGUGGCGUAAUGGUGAGCUUCCCUCGCACGGGAUCUCAAAGUGAAAAGGUCACUCUUAAAGGAGCCAAAGAAUGUGUGGAGGCAGCCAAAAAGCGCAUGCUGGAGAUUGUUGAGGACUUGGAAGCUCAAGUGACCAUGGAAUGUGUGAUACCUCAAAAGUUCCACCGAUCAAUCAUGGGUCCCAAAGGAUCACGAAUCCAGCAGAUCACAAGAGACCACAACGUACAGAUUAAAUUCCCAGAACGUGAGGACCCUCAAGCAGCUUCUCCUCCAGAGGCUCCAGUUCAGGAGAAUGGAGAGGCCAAUGGAGAAGUGAAGGAGCCUGUUGACCCAAAUGCACCAAAAAAGUGUGAUGUGAUUGUCCUCUCUGGCCGCAAAGAGCGGUGUGAGGCUGCUGUGGAAGCAUUGAAGGCCUUGGUUCCUGUCACUAUUGAGGUGGAAGUGCCUUUUGAGCUUCAUCGAUACAUCAUUGGACAAAAAGGAAGUGGAAUUCGCAAGAUGAUGGAUGAAUUUGAGGUUAAUAUUCAAGUGCCUGCACCUGAGCAGCAGUCUGAUAAAAUCUCCAUCACCGGCCUGGCCAAUCACCUCGAGCGCGCCAAAGAGGGUCUCUUGGAGCGCGUCAAAGAGCUGCAGGCCGAGCAGGAGGAUCGGGCACUCAGGAGCUUCAAGCUGACCAUCACUGUGGACCCCAAGUAUCACCCCAAAAUCAUUGGCCGCAAAGGAGCCAUUAUUACAAACAUCCGCACUGAGCACGAUGUUAACAUUCAGUUCCCAGAGAAGAAUGAUGAAAACCAGGAUCAGAUUACUAUUACAGGGUAUGAGCACAAAGCCAUAGCUGCACGUGAUGCCAUUCAGGCUAUUGUUGAUGAGCUGGAGGAGAUGAUUUCAGAGGACAUCACCCUGGACAGCAGGGUCCAUGCCCGCAUCAUCGGAGCCCGUGGCAAGGGCAUCCGCAAGAUCAUGGAUGAGUUUAAGGUUGAUCUCAGGUUUCCCCAGAGUGGAGCUGCAGACCCAAACCUUGUGACAGUCACAGGUCGCCCUGAACUUGUGGAUGAAGCCAUCGACCACCUCCUCAACCUGGAAGAGGAAUAUAUGGCAGAUGUUGUGGAGAAUGAGGCAAAGAUGGCUUACAUGAGACCCUCUGGGAGUAGCGCUGCUGCCAUGGAUGAACAACGUGGCCCAUCAAAAGGCUUUGUGGUGAGGGAGGCUCCCUGGACCACUUCCACUGAGAAGGCUCCUGACAUGAGCAGCUCUGAAGAUUUCCCUAGCUUUGGAGCUCCAGUGCCAACCAAGGCCUCUCCCUGGGGACCCAAGCGCUUCUAAGAUGUGCUGCUAAAGAUGGGCCUGAACUAAACCAGACACAAUCUUCCCCCUCAUUGUCCCCUCUUUUGACCUGGACUGACCGCUGACCCUAAAAGUCUUCAGUUCUGAAAGUGUCAUCCCUCUGUCUACUUAUCCUGGUCUACUCUUGCAGAUCCAUCAGUCUAAAAGUGCUUUCAGAUACUGUAAUUGACUUGUGAGCUUUGUAUCUGCAUCAAAUAAUACUGUCUUACGCUGAAAAAAACAGAAGAAAAAAACAGAAAAAGUGACAGACGUUGCGGUCCGUACAGUCUGAGAAGGACUGACCUUUAAAUGUUGAUUAGAACCGACAUUUCAUUGUGGUUUGAACUGUUAUACCAAAUUCAGUGGUGGCCAGACAUCAGUUUAUUUGAGCUGCCCUUAUCUUAGUUGCCUUCGCAGGGUGGGGUUAAGGGAUUGAAUUACUGCUGGUGAUGUGUUCAGACAUGAUGUCUGACCAACACGGGGUCCAGCUGUUUCAGUAACCCACCCCCCUCCUGCUUUACUCAUGUAGCUGAGUGAAAUCUGUCGUUAGCCCUCAAGCACACUAUAGUGGUUGUCCUCUGUCACGACUUUUCCAUUUGCUUGUUACUGUGCUUCUGUGAAUAUGGUCAACUAGUGGCACGUACCUUUAGCCUUAUGAAUUGGUAAACUACAGGAGGGGGGAGUGGUUUCAGCCACUGCAGGAUGGCACCCAUUCAAACUGCCAGAUGCUUGGAGAACAUGCCAGAACUAAACUCCUUACAACACUAGGCCUAGAGCUCCAACGCAUCAGACCUCACACUAACUGUUGGAUGAAACUUUUUGACAAAGUGAAUCACUCUAAAUAAAAAAAAAAAAAAAACCUAAAUGACUGUUUGUGAGCAAAAUAGCAAACCAUCUUGUGCCAACUAUGUGUCUAGUGAUGUCCUGUGUUAAUCAUCUUCUGUAUUGGGUCAGUGUCCAGUCCCUUUGUCUUCCAGUUGCUAUGCAGAUCGUUCUGUUUAAUAGCAAUGGCCCUUUUUUUUAUCAGCCUUACAACUAGAAAGAUACAAACCAAGUAGUGAUGAUGUCAAGGUGCAUUAAUGGUCAACUGGAAAGGUUUGUUUAUUGUUCCUUCGAAAGUUCUCGGAACAUUCCUCCCCCCAGUUACUGUAAUUACUUUAAUUUUGCUUCGAGAGUACAGUUUUAGCUUGUUAGCAGCUAAGUCCUCAUCUAGCAUCAGCCUACCUUGGUUUAUAUCCUCCUAGUAUUGAAUGAAAGAUUAUGCAAAUACCAUUGAAGUGAACGGUUAUGGAUGACACUGGAAAAGAAAUUGUCCAAAAAGUCAAUAAAAAUUGAAAACCUU